ACACUUCUCAGAGGCAGGAAAUGCUUCCCAGGCAAUCUGGGCCUGCUUGUGGAGGCCCCUUUCGCAAAACAUCAGUCUGAAUUUAGUAGACAGAAGUCACUAGGAACGCCUUGACAGACUCCUGCUUCUGCUAAGGCUCCCUCCAGCUGCAGAGGGUGUUUUUGUUAGAAUCACACACUGCGUAAAACUGCUUAGAAUAGAGCCAUGAUCUCAACCACGAAAUGUGAACUUAUAUUUUGGAGAAACUAACGGGGACGGACUUCUGAGCCUUGAACAAUGUCAUGCUGGGUGUUUUCAGCUCCUCGCUGUCUAUAGGUGGUGAAAUGACAAAACUCACUCUCUUCUUCAAUCAGUGAAUCUGAAGUGAUCUUUCAUCCAGUUUCAUCUCCUUUAGUCUCAUAUGGAACGUAUCUCCCUGUCUGUUGUUAAACUACGAUGACAUGUCUGUAGCUAUCCGGAAGAGAAGCUGGGAAGAACAUGUGACCCAAUGGAUGGGACAGCCUUUUAAUUCUGAUGGUUAUAACACAUCAUGUCAUCAUGGACUAGUAGCUGACAGCUUGCAGGCAAGUAUGGAAAAAGAUGCAACUGUAAAUGUGGGCCGCAAAGAAAAGUGUGUUUCGCUACCUGACUGCUGUCAUGGGUCAGAGCUGACAGAUUUUCCUGGGAGGCCAAUGGGUCACACUUCAAAGGAAGUGGAUGGAAACGACAGCUACGAAAGUGAAGAUCAGCUUCUUUCUCUGGAGGCCAGCACAGAAACACUAGUGCCUGUUUCUGACGAGGAUACCAAUUCUGAUCUAUAUGUUACAGAUGAUAAACAGAUUUUAACUACCCAAGAGCAUAAAACAUCAGAUCAGCAGAGCGUCAAGGGAGCAGGCUCCUUAGUAAAGACACUGCCCAUCAUGGAAGGUAACCAAGAUUCCUGUAACUCCUGGGAAAUGGCUGGUGGAGCCAAUUUAGAGCUGGUAGGAGAAAGAGGGGAGAGAAAAGUUGUUGACAUUAUAAGUAAAAGCCUGGAGCUUUGUAAUGAUAUAAGCUUAAGUGAAAUAAAAGAUGCCUCCAAAAUAAGUGCAUGCAAUUCUCUGAAUGUGAAAGAUAUUGUGUCUGAGAAGCAACUGCUUAAUUCUGCUGUAAUUGCUCAACAACGAAGGAAACCUGACUUCCCUAAAGAUGAACAUGAAAGAGACACCUGCAGUGUAGUACAAGAUGAGUUCUUGGCUAGUCCUUGUACAGACACAGGAGUGCCAUUAUUAAAAGCAGACCCUGGAAGCUGCCUUCUGCCGCCUUCUCCCUGCUCUAGUGGAAUGUCAGCUGAAAAUGGCCUGGAGAAGAGUGGUUUCUCAGAACAUCAAAACAGAAGUUUUCCAAAGGUCAACUCAGGAGAUGGCAUGCAGUGUUUACACUUAAAAGAGACUCUGACCACCCAGGAACCCACAGAUAACCAAGUCAGGCUUCGCAAAAGAAAGGAAAUAAGAGAAGACCGCGAUCGGGCGCGGCUGGACUCCAUGGUGCUGCUCAUUAUGAAACUGGACCAGCUUGAUCAGGACAUCGAGGACGCCCUCAGCAGCGGCGCCUCGCCGUGCAGCACGCCCGCGAACCUGCGGCGCCCGGCUCCCGAGGAUCUGGAGUCAGGAUCUGAGAGUGGAGCGGACACCAUUUCAGUAAAUCUGACACAAACAAAUCUGUCAUCCAACACCGAGUCCACUGACCUACCGUCUUCCACCCCAGUGGCCAAUUCUGGAACCAAACCCAAGUCUGCGGCUGUUCCAGGUAUUUCAGAGAAGGAAAAGGCUGAAAUUGAAGCCAAAGAAGCCUGCGAUUGGCUACGGGCAACAGGUUUCCCUCAGUACGCACAGCUUUACGAAGAUCUCCUGUUCCCCAUUGAUAUUUCUUUGGUCAAGAGAGAACAUGAUUUUUUGGACAGAGAUGCCAUUGAGGCCUUAUGCAGGCGUCUAAAUACUUUGAACAAAUGUGCGGUGAUGAAGCUGGAAAUUAGUCCUCAUCGGAAGAGAAGUGAGGAUUCAGAUGAGGAUGAGCCUUGUGCAAUAAGCGGCAAAUGGACUUUCCAGAGGGACAGCAAGAGGUGGUCCCGCCUUGAAGAGUUUGAUGUCUUUUUUCCAAAGCAAGACCCAGUGCCCGGGUCCCCAGACGAUGCCCACCUGCAGAACGCCACGAGCCACGAAAGCAUGCUGACAGAUCUCAGCGAGCGCCAGGAGGUGGCUUCCGUCCGCAGCCUCAGCAGCACCGGCAGCCUGCCCAGCCACGCGCCCCACGGCGGGGACGCCGCCACGCCCCGGACUAACUCAGUCGUCAGCGUCUGCUCCUCCAGCAACUUCGUGGGCGCCGAGGACUCCUUCUGCAGCCUGCCCUCUCCCAAGGAGCUGUCCAGCUUCAGCUUCAGCAUGAAAGGGCACGAGAAGAACCCCAAGUCCAAAGCGCGCAGUCUGCUGAAGCGCAUGGAGAGCUUGAAGCUCAAGGGCUCGCACCGCAGCAAGCACACGGCGCCUUCCAAGCUGGGGCUGAUCAUCAGUGGGCCCAUCCUGCAGGAAGGGAUGGACGAGGACAGGCUGAAGCAGCUGAACUGCGUGGAGAUCUCCGCCCUCAACGGCAAUCACAUUAACGUCCCCAUGGUACGAAAGAGGAGCGUGUCCAACUCCACGCAGACCAGCAGCAGCAGCCAGUCUGAGACCAGCAGUGCCGUCAGCACGCCCAGCCCCGUGACCAGGACCCGCAGCCUCAGUGCCUGCAACAAGCGGGUGGGCAUGUACCUAGAGGGCUUCGACCCGUUCCGUCAGUCCACGAUCAGCAGUGUCAUGGAACAGAACUUUAAAAACCGCGAGAGCUGCCCGGAGGACACUGUGUUCUACAUCCCGGAAGAUCACAAGCCCGGCACGUUCCCCAAAGCCCUCUCCAACGGCAGUUUCUCCCCCGCAGGGAACAACAGCUCUGUGAACUGGAGGACUGGAAGCUUCCACGGCCCCAGCCGUACCAGCCUGAGCAGGGACAACAGCAGCGGCAGCCCCAAGGAGCUGCAGAGACGCAAUUCGUGCAGCUCCAUGAGCAGCCGCCUGAGCAUCUACGACAACGUGCCGGGCUCCAUCCUCUACUCCAGCUCGGGUGACCUGGCCGACCUGGAGAACGAGGACAUCUUCCCUGAGCUGGAUGACAUCCUCGACCACGUGAAGGGGAUGCAGAGGAUCGUCAACCAGUGGUCGGAGAAGUUUUCCGAUGAGGGGGACUCCGACUCAGCCCUGGACUCGGUCUCUCCGUGCCCGUCUUCUCCCAAACACAUCCACCUGGAUGUGGACAAUGACCGAGCCACACCCAGUGACCUGGACAGCACGGGCAACUCGCUGAACGAACCCGAGGAGCCCUCGGACAUCCCGGAACGGAGGGAUUCUGGGGUCGGGGCCUCCCUGACAAGGCCCAAUAGGCACAGGCUGCGAUGGCACAGUUUCCAGAGCUCCCAUCGGCCAAGCCUGAACUCGGUGUCCCUGCAGACCAGCUGCCAGUCUGUGGCCCAGAUGAACCUGCUGCAGAAGUACUCACUGCUCAAGCUGACCGCCCUACUGGAGAAGCACACGCCGUCCAACAAGCAUGGCUUUAGCUGGGCUGUGCCCAAGUUCAUGAAAAGGAUCAAGGUUCCAGACUACAAGGACCGAAAUGUGUUUGGGGUCCCUCUGACGGUCAAUGUGCAGCGCACUGGACAGCCCUUGCCCCAAAGCAUCCAGCAGGCCAUGCGCUACCUUCGCAACCAUUGUUUGGACCAGGUUGGGCUCUUCAGAAAAUCGGGCGUCAAAUCCCGGAUCCAGACUCUGCGCCACAUGAAUGAAAGUGCCAUAGACUGUGUCAACUAUGAAGGGCAGUCUGCUUACGAUGUGGCAGACAUGCUGAAGCAGUACUUUCGAGACCUUCCUGAGCCAUUAAUGACAAACAAACUCUCAGAAACCUUUCUCCAGAUCUACCAGUAUGUGCCCAAGGACCAGCGCCUCCAGGCGAUCAAGGCCGCCAUUAUGCUCCUGCCCGAUGAGAACCGCGAAGUCCUACAGACGCUCCUUUACUUCUUGAGCGAUGUCACAGCAGCUGUGAAGGAAAACCAGAUGACUCCCACCAACCUGGCCGUGUGCUUAGCACCUUCCCUUUUCCACCUCAACACCCUGAAGAGAGAGAAUUCUUCUCCGAGGGUAAUGCAAAGAAAACAAAGUCUGGGCAAACCAGAUCAGAAGGAUUUGAAUGAAAAUCUUGCUGCCACUCAAGGGCUGGCCCAUAUGAUUGCUGAGUGCAAGAAGCUUUUCCAGGUUCCAGAGGAAAUGAGCCGAUGUCGGAACUCCUAUACUGAACAGGAGCUGAAGCCCCUCACGCUAGAAGCGUUGGGACGCCUGCAUAAUGAUGAACCAGCUGACUAUCAGCACUUCCUCCAGGACUGUGUGGAUAGCCUGUAUAAAGAGGUCAAAGACAAGUUUAAAGGCUGGGUCAGCUACUCUACAUCUGAGCAAGCCGAGCUCUCCUACAAGAAGGUGAGUGAGGGACCCCCUCUGAGGCUCUGGAGGUCAACCAUCGAAGUUCCUGCUCUGCCUGAGGAAGUCUUAAAGCGCCUACUUAAAGAGCAGCAUCUCUGGGACGUAGACCUGCUGGAUUCAAAAGUGAUUGAAAUCCUGGACAGCCAAACUGACAUUUACCAGUACGUCCAGAACAGCAUGGCGCCCCACCCUGCCCGGGACUGCGUCGUUCUGAGGACGUGGAGGACUAAUCUGCCCAAGGGGGCAUGUGCCCUUUUACUCACCUCCGUGGAUCAUGACCGGGCCCCUGUGGUGGGCGUGAGGGUCAAUGUGCUCCUGUCCAGGUACCUGAUCGAACCCUGUGGGUCAGGGAAGUCCAAACUCACCUACAUGUGCAGAGCCGACCUAAGAGGCCACAUGCCAGAGUGGUACACAAAAUCUUUUGGACAUUUGUGUGCAGCUGAAGUUGUGAAGAUCCGAGACUCUUUCAGUAAUCAGAACACUGAAACCAAAGACACCAAAUCUAGGUGAUUAUGAAACAAAAUAACUGCGUUCACCAUCCAGGCACUUGUUUUUAGAACCUUGCCAGUCCGUGGGAGUUGUGCGUCUAAUGCUGAAACAAAACUAGCAAGUUGGAGUGUAGGAAUUGACUGUAGCAAUUUGACACAUUUUUAAAGCUGCUUCCUGUUUGUUUAAGGCCUAUAUCGUAGACCUUGACUGGAAUAUAAGACUGUGCAGAAAAAGGUGUUCUUAUUCAAAUUGCUUCUGAGAAGCAAAACUCUAUAAAAUACAGUAGGGAAGAUAAUGAAGAUGUUGGUGUAUGUGUACCUGUGUCAUUUUAUUUGCAGUGUGUUAAGGGACUGGUGUAGCCACUGGAAUAGUUGGUACUCUGACAUGUUUCCUCACUGAGAUGAGCACAGAAAGGUUUGCACAGAGGAGUGUGUGUACGUGUGUUUGUUGUCGGCUGAAUGGCUUAGAUGUGUAGGUAGGGAUACAGUGUCUGGCACACUGAGAUGCCUCCAAGAUGGAUAGCAAUGCUUGUGAUCCAGUUUAACCUGGAAUAUCUGACUACCUAUGGAUCCAUCCAGAAAGGGAACCCAACCAACACCCUUGUCCAUUUCUUAAUUUUUUCCAAGUUAUUAAGUGUAUUCCUUCUUGACAACCUCUUCUUUACCUUAAAAGUAACUGUAGUAAAUGUACUGUGGUGUCCCACGUGAAGUGCAGUUUGCGUUUAGACCUGAUUGCAAAUAGCAAUAUGGUUUUUGACCAGUGUAGAUUAGCUCAAAAAUGAAACCCCAUCCCUUACUAGCUCCAAAGCAUUGUUUUGUUUCAUUUUAAGCAGAGAUGUAAAACCUGAACACUCUCCCUAACAUUUACUCCUGAAACAAACAUCAAAACUUUUUGCCUUUUAGAAGUAUUCGCAUUUUCAUGUUUAUAACAGAAACAAUGUCAUUAAGAUACUAUGUGUGGGAACAUGGAACUGUGUGUGGCCGAAGGAAAUCCCUGUAGAUUUAACCCAGCUGCACAAGUGGUUUCUUGUUGUUAUUAACAGCAUUUCUGAAAUACACGUUUGUUCAUUGGAUUUGUCCUUAUCAACACGAAGGUUUUCUGGUUUUGUGGCUUUUUUUUUUUGCUUUGUUUUUCAUACAUUUCUUUUUCUUCUCCUUUAUAAUGAUGCCCUUGGAAUGUAUUUUAGUGGUAAUGAAAAUAUUGUAGUAAAAACCGAAAAGAAAAAACACCAGCAUGAUUUUUUGGAAGGGAAGUCUUUAUACAGGUUUUACUGUAAUAGUUAAAGAUCGACUCAAGAGACAGUAUUAGUGAAUCUAUUUUGUAUGGAUCAAAAGUGAAUAAUGUAUGAAUGAGAAUUGUAAGAAGGAUUUUUAUUUUGUUGUAACAUAUUUAGUUACCAUUUUCAGUGUUAUUUCAAAGGUUCUUUGAAGAAUUUGUGGGGGGCAGAUUAGAGUUUUAAAAUUUGAGUAUUUUGCAUAUCAGUGUUCCUCGUGGAGAUAUACUUAUAUUUUCAGUUUGAAUGGCUUUCAGAUUUGUAAGAUUGUAUGUUGUAUAUACAUUACUAUUAAGAUAAAAGAUGUCCACAUGUCCACUGUGCUUUCAAACAUAGAUUAAGCAUGAUAAAGAUUAUUAUUUAAAAUAUACUUGUAUUUAUACCUCAGAUAUUCUUUUGGGUUUUGUACCUCAAACCUUUUUUUUUUUCCUAAUGUAAAUACACUUUACAUGAAUACAGCCUAAGUGAAAAAAUUAAAAUGAAAGAAGAGGUUUAUAACUUGCUCUAUAUCUGUACAGAAUAUAAUCCGUAAGUGCACUAUUAAACGUUAGGAAAAGUCUGGCCUGCUUUCCCUUGCUGUGCCUCUCACCCGCACCCCGAAGACCACAGCUUGCCUCAGCUGAAAUGAAAAUGCAGAUUUGCCGAAGGAAAAAGCAGACUACAAAUCAUUCCAAGGCCCAACUGCUACUGAGCCACUCACUCACAAACAGGAAACCCUGGUGAAGGUUCAGGAAGCACAGAGAUUCUCCUAACAAAGGUCGUUAGGAAACGAUGCUGAGAAAGUUACAAGAAUAAGCAACAGAAGGAUGCUCAUAAGCAAAGCCGAGGUCACGGAUGAAUUCCACAAAAGGUCUCUUUCCCACUGCUCAGCCUUCCUGUGGAAAAGAUUCCUUACAUAUUUGACAAGAGGAGAGUUCAAAGGAUGUGAACAUUUUCAAAAACUCUGCUCAAGUCAUCUAACAUGAUUUUGCCGCAAUUUACUAAUUGUGACCGAUUGCCUACAUUGUAAGCUCUUUGAGGGCAGGGCUUCUUUCCUGCACAUCUUUAUAAUCCCCUCCGGCUGCUUUCAGUGUUUUAUACUUGUAGGCACCUAAUAAAUUUAUUAUUUGCCGAAAGGA